AUGGCAAAAAGUAAUAUUUUUAUUAGAAAAUUCUAGUUAUUAAAAUUUUCAGUGCAAAUCGAUUAUUUUUAUAGCAACAAAUUAAUUAAUAUUUGUUUGAAUAAUUAUAAAUGGGUUGUAGUUCUACUAAAGGAAGGAGGAAAGGUUCACUUUCUAUUCCAAAAACUGGUAUUUUGAAAAGACCAAGCACUUAAUAAUAAGUUUAAUAAGAAAUAGUUAAUACUAAAAAGAAGACUCUCAGUUUUUAAAUGAUAUCAAUCAAUUCCCAAGAAGUAAAUAGAAGAAGUAUACAUACAAGACAGAUUAUAUCUGACUGA